UCUCUGUGACAGACUAAAUAAAACCAAAUUUUGCUGUUAAUUUUUUUCAGUAUAACUUUACGAGCUGCUCCUGGUAUGGAGCCUGGUGUGGGGUCAAAGGGCAAUUAUUCACACAUUUACAAGGUUUUAGCACAGAUGAGAGCGAGCAAAGAGAUUUUAAAUAUUCAUGUGAGAGAAGGGAAGUUACAAGGGUUUAUAAUUAUCACUUCCAUUUAUUGUCUGUUGCUUCCAGUAAGCAGCUCGCUGUGCAGCAGAGGAAGGAAUGGAAAUGGUUUCUGCCAGGAAGGAUGCAAAUGAUCCGAGUUUGACUGGAACGACUCGAAGGAACAAGAUUCAAAAAAGAUUUAAAAUAGAAAAUGACAAGAAAAACAUUCAGAAACACCUGCAGGCCCAGAUUCAGCUGCAGGAGGAUUCAGUGUUAAAUCAACAGGCUGCGUGCUGAAAAUAAUUCAUGUUUAAGAAUUAAUUAAUAAUAAUAGACCUGGGAAUCCUGUAGCAACAAUCAGCGGAUCAAACUUUAUUCCUGGGAAAUCUGGGAAGAGAAAUCAACAAGUUUCAUCAGAAAUGACAGAGUUGAACCCCAACCUCACCGUUUCCUCCACGUCUCCAUUUCAUCCUCUGUGAUAACCACAGGUUAUGAUUUAUUUAUUCUCAAAGACUCACUGAAUGACGCACGCAGUCACCAAGCAGCUCAUCUUAAAUUUUCCUAAGAAAUUAAAUGCAAAUCUAGGUUCACCUUUCCUCAGCCUGCAGCGUGGCUAAUCAUGAGCUAACUCACCAUUUUACACAUUCACUGACAGACACGUCUGGUUUGGAUUUUCUAGGCUUUUACUGUCAACAUAAUCGGAGUAAAUACAGUUUUAAGAAAAUGUUCAGAAAAAUCUCUGCAAGCUAAUCUAUGAAAAAAAAAAUUUUUACAUUAUAAAAUAAAACUGAGCUCAACUUCAUAAGCCACAAACAGGCUGGGCAGCUUCUGACCGUAGAUCCAGGAAAACAGAACCUGCCUGGCUGCAUGAAGGAGAAAAAACCAGUUUCUCAAAGUAGGGUCUGCGUCCCGCUGGGGGGCCACCAGGAGGCGCUAGGUGGGACUCUGAAUAGAAGUUAAGAAAAAAUGCUAAACUUUAAAAAAAAAUUGUAUACUUUUUGAUAAUUUUAUCCUGAAAUGUAAUCUUUUUUAAUUUUUAUUUUUAAACAUAAGCUAAAAUAAUUUUCUGAAAUGUUAUUUUCCAUCUUAAUUUUUUCUUGCUUCUCAAGUUAGCGUAGCAGAGCAAAAUGGACAAAACGAUUCUGACCAGAAAAAUCCAGGAGAACCGUCCAGAACCUUAAAUCUUUUAUGUUCAUAAAUGUUUACAGGUAAACAUUAUGAUGGGAGAAAAACAGGAAUAAACUUCUGCCAAAAACUCACAUUAAUCUAAGAAAUGUAUUAGAAGAAAAACGGAAGAUUUUUAAGUUUCAAAAGUAAAAGACAUUUUGACUAUUGACCCUAAAUUGUUUUCUAGAAAAUUUCAGAAAUUUUCCUUGUAAAUGAUCAACUAUUCAAACUCAGAAGUUUCCUUGUUUUCUCUAGAAAAUAAACUGCAAAUUCUUUUUCUAGCAAAACUUCGAUUAUUCAAGCUUAGAAAUGUCUUUGUUUAGUUUAGUUUUUUUAAUUCCUGAGUUUAAUUUCAACAUUUCUAAAAAAAAAAUCCAAGUUCCGAGUUUUUCCUUAAACUAAAUUUCAGAGUUUCUGAGUCUUUUGACCGACGUUUCUAUCUGCUCUAAUGAACAGUCGCAAAAUACAGACAAGAACAGAAAGUUGAUCAAAAAGCCGUAAAGUUAUUGUUUCUUUUACAGAAUGAACAUAAUUUCACAGAAAUGACAUUUUUAUUCCAAAUCAGUCACAUUUUAAGAACUAGAACUAGAACUAGCUCGUCCUCAGGUGAGAUCUGGGCCUGCUGCAGCAGCAGCAGCUCCAGCUGCAGCAGCUCCUGACUUUUUGGCCUCUUGGUGAAGACCUGCAGUAAAAGGUGUUUCCCUCCUGCUGAAUAUUUGACAAGCAAAUAAUAUGUUAAUUUGUCCGCCUGGAGCCAAUCGUGUGAUUGUUGGUCCAGAUGCCCGCAGUGCCGCUCUGCCCUCAGCAAACUGCGCUCCGUGCGGGUGAAGCUGUUUGUUUUCAGGUGGGGCGUUUCUCUGCUGGUGCGCGGUCCCGACCUGCUCCGCUAUACAAAGGAUGAAGGAUCCCGGCCAGAGCAAAGCCUCAGCCCGCUCCGAAGCGCCCAGCAUGGCUCUCCUCCGGCACAUCGGGACCUGCCUGCCCUUCUUCCUGCUCGCCGUCACCUUUGACAUCCUGGGCCUGGUUCUGCUGUUCGUCGGGAUCUUCGGCGACCUGCGCAUCGACGGCCUCUUCUACGGAGACUUCUUGAUCUACUCGGGCUCCCUCAUCAUCUUCGCCAGCCUGGCCUGCUGGCUCAUGUGGUACGUGGGCAACAUCCGGGUGUCGGAGUACGACGGGCAGAGGAACAGCAUCGCGCUGCUGGCCAGGAAGAUCUCGGAGAGGCUGAGCCUGAAGCUGAAAGGGGAGGACUGCGUGAAGUGCGUGGUGGAGGACGAGGACCGCAGCCAUGCGGGGACUCCUCCGAUGAAACCGGGCAAGGUGACGUGGGGCAAAUCCACGGUGUACGUGAACGAGGGCUACGACGGCUCCACGGACGGCGCUGACGGGGAGCAGUCCGUGGACUGACCGGCUCGGUUCGCAUCCAGCCGCUUCCUGUCGGUCCAAAUGUUGAAAUCUGCAAAAACUUUCAGGUUUAGAAGUUAAAUCCAGGACUGAAGGUCCAGCUUUCACUACUGUCUCAUUUCAAAAACAAUCUGCAAUAAUUAUUUCAAGUUUGUUAAUGUUUUAACUAGGGUUAGUGAUUCUGAUUAUUUAUUAGAAAAUAAUCAAUAUGUGAUCCGCUUUUAGCCUAUAAAAGUUCAACUGAUCCAGUAGAGCCUUUUAUCAUUCAUAUUAUAACAGAUUUAUUAAUGUAGCUGUGAAAUCAGCUGAGGUGCAUCGCUGCAGGUAAAGAUUAGGGUGAUGGUUCAGAGUCCGGAGCUCAUCUGAAAACCAGUGAAGAAAUGAAGCUAAAAAAUGUUCUGAUUCCUGCAAACUGAUUAUUCAAUUGUAUAUAAGAGCAGAGCAUAUUCUAAAUUAAUAUCCAUUAUUUUGUUUUAUUAUAUUUUAGAUCAGACAUUUCUUGGUUGACAAACAUUAAAUCUAAAUCUGUCAGGGCUAUGUAUAAUUCUGGAUUAUUCUGUUCAAACAGAGGAUUCAUCAGCUGUGAUAUUUCAGUUUAUUUGAAGUGAAAUUGUUGUUCUGUUCAUAUCUUUGUUUUGUUUUCUGAUAACUGAUUGUUGAAAGUACACACUGAUUCACUAAACGCACAAAACGCAACUUUAAUCUGAUUUCAGUCGUAUAAAGUUUCUCAUAAACUCUGAGGAUUUGUUCUCCAGCUGGAGGAAGUGUCAGGAAGUUUCACCUGUUUUUGUUUCGUGUUUCUGCUCAGCGACAGAAAAGCCCAGUCAUGCUUCCUGUUGGGCUCUGGUCAGACUGGUUUGACUUCUUGGUGAGCUUUUGUUUGUUGUGGUAUUAAAAUCCUCCUCAGCGCCUCGAACGCCUCCUGACUCUGAAACGGAGACAAACGACCCCACCUGGAGGAAACCACACAGUCACACAAAGACCAGAAACUUCCAGCUUCCUUUAACCAGAGCCGACCCGUUCUUAUAAACCUCCGUGUCCCUGACGCACUACUUCCUGCUAGUCAGGAGGGUCAGAGGUCAAACGAGGUGUGAACUUUCCAUGAUGUCCAAGAACUGUUACAAAAUCUCAAAUCAGUAAAAUUCACUUUGCAAAGAUGCCGUUUGACCAACCAGCUGGGUUUUCAUGUCAGAGGUUCUGAUUGCCAUCAGGUUUCUGGCUGAGAUGCAGAGUCAGGCAUGCAGGGAGAAACCGGGCCGUCAGCUGGAGGAACGGCCCGUCCAUCCGGUACCGGUCCUGCCACUGACACUCAGCUAUGACAGAAAUGUAAGGCGUGCUUUCAGUGAAUAACAAUGAUGCUUCAGACCGGAACAGCAGUUUUCUGGAGCGACCGGCUCCGGGCCGCGUCACUCCACCAGCAGACAGCCAGCCAUCCGCACCGGCGCCGCCGGCCCAAACAUGGAGGAGGGAAAGUGCACCACCUUCUUCAUCGGCCUGGCCAUCUUCCUGGACGUGGUCGGCCUCCUGCUGCUCCUCAUCGGCAUCUUCGCUCCGCUGCCCUACUGGGACUUCUUCGUCCUGUCCGGGCCGCUGCUCAUCUUCCUCAGCCUGAUUCUGUGGAUAUUCUGGUACCUGGGGAAUCUGACCGUCUCUGAGGAGGAGCUCAACCUCCGAAAGCCGGACAUCCUGUGACCUCCUCGGCCUGGAUGAGGGCAGAUCGGGUCAGAUCGGGUCAGAUCAGGUCGGAUCAGGUCCAAUCAGGUCAGAUCAGGUCGGAUCAGGUCCAAUCAGGGCGGAUCCGGUCUGAGGCGUCAACAUGAGGAGAGAAUGGAUGGAUCCACAUGAAGCAGCCUGGAAAUCAGGAUUGGUCUCUCUGGAGGCUGACUGAAGGAAAUGGGAUUCAACCUGAACUCUUGUUUCUGGACCAGGAACCAGAACCAGCUUCCCGUCCAACUGGACCUCCAUGAUUCUGACUGUGGUUCUUGUUAUCAGCUGGACGCUUUACAGAACUGAGCCUGGUUGUGUUUCUGAUCCACAUGUUGUCAGUUUGGGUUUAAAUUUCAGCAAGUCGUUGCACAUUUAUGUAUGAAGGACGAUAUUCUGAACUAAAAGUGCUUUGAAAUGA